AUGGGUGUCCAGAGAAAGAUUGUUACCCGCGGUAGCGGCCCUUCGCCUGCUUCAGGCGACAAGGUUUCCAUCCACUACACCGGCUGGCUCUACGAUGCUAAGAAGGCCAGCAAGGGCUUCCAGGGCAAGCAGUUUGAUAGCUCCAGAUCUCCUGGCCGUGGUCCCUUCAAUGUUCAGAUUGGUGUCGGACAGGUCAUCAAGGGCUGGGAUGAGGGUGUAAUGGAGAUGAGCGUGGGCGAGAAGUCCAUCUUGACUAUUACUCCCGACUACGGCUAUGGUGACAAGGCUGCUGGCAAGAUUCCCGCGGGAUCCACCCUUAUCUUCGAGGUUGAGCUUCUCAAGAUUAACUAG